UUCACAAAUUUUGUGUUUCUCUUAUUAUUUUUUCGGGUCCCCGGCAAAGAUGGGAACACAAGGAAGGUAGGUUGAUAUACCAAUUUGGGUAGUGAGCUGAAGACUCAAAAUUAGGAGUGACUGGGAGUACUGGUGUUUGCUUCUAUGAAAUAUGGCCUUUGGUUUCCCCAGGCAUUUCAAUUUGUUUGCAACCUUGGAAAUUGUAACACCAACUCUAAACCAACUCUCCCACGUCAAGUCCUUGACAUCUCUUGCCCAUAACACAAGCCACACAGAGGCCUCAAACUUUUACUCUUCUCUGAUUCAACAAUGCACACGGACAGAGUCCCUAAGAGGCUUGGGAAUAGUUCAAACCCAUAUGAUCAAAUCCGGGUACAUGCAACUCAGUAUAGCCAAUAGGCUCGUUGAUGGGUGUUUGAAAUGUGGUAGCUUAAGUAAUGCACGUAAGGUGUUCGACGAAUUGCCUGAGAGACAUGUAGUCAUCUGGAAUGCGAUGAUUUCUUCAUACAUUGGCCACAAGAAGAGUAAGGAGGCUAUUGGGUUGUAUGGGAAGAUGGUCUUUGAUGGAGUUUUGCCGGAUGAGUACACGUUUUCGAGUGUUUUCAAGGCUUUUUCGGGUCUGGGUCUUGUAUAUGAAGCGCGGAGGGCUCAUGGGUUGUCAGUGGUUUUGGGUCUGGAGGUGGCAAAUGUGUUUGUUGGUAGUGCUCUUGUUGAUAUGUAUGCAAAGUUUGGUAGAAUGGGGGAUGCAAGGUUGGUGUCGAAUCGCGUUGGGGAGAAAGAUGUUGUUUUGUUUACAGCGCUGAUUGUUGGUUACUCUCAGCAUGGUGAUGAUGGUGAAGCUCUUGAGGUUUUUGGGGACAUGAUCAACCAAGGAGUUAAGGCUAAUGAGUAUACUUUUGCUAGCAUCUUGAUCACUUGUGGGAACUUGGAGGAUUUAACUCAUGGUAAGUUGGUCCAUGGUCUUGUUGUCAAAUCUGGUUGUGAAGCUGCUGUGGCGUCACAGACUUCACUUCUAACAAUGUAUGCUAGGUGUGGAUUGAUUGAUGAUUCUCUGAGGAUUUUUAAAAGGUUUCAUCAUCCAAACCUGGUAACUUGGACGUCUCUUAUAGUGGCUCUUGUUCGGAAUGGUAGAGAAGAGUUGGCUUUGAUAAAGUUUAGAAAGAUGAUUCGGGAUUCAGUAGUUCCAAAUUCUUUUACUUUAUCUAGUGUUCUUCAGGCAUGCUCAAGCCUUGCUAUGAUGGAUGAAGGACAGCAAAUUCAUGCCAUGGUCACAAAGUUCGGAUUAGAUAGACACAUAUUUGCUGGUGCUGCUCUCAUUAACUUGUAUGGGAAAUGCGGAAAUACAGAGAUGGCAAGGUCAGUUUUUGAUGCCUUGAUUGAAAUUGAUUUGGUCUCCGUGAAUUCCAUGAUAUAUAGCUAUGCGCAGAAUGGAUUUGGACAUGAAGCACUUCAGCUUUUUGAUGGGAUGAAAGACUUGAGACUUGAACCAAACGAUGUUACAAUUUUGAGUGUUCUCUUGGCAUGCAAUAAUUCAGGAUUGGUGCAACAAGGCUGCCAAAUUUUUUCUACCAUUAGGAGUAAUCACAAUAUUGAGUUGACAAGGGAUCACUAUGCUUGUAUGGUUGAUUUGCUGGGGCGUGCUGGAAGACUUGAAGAUGCCGAAAUGUUGAUAAAGGAAGUCAAAAAUCCAGAUUUAGUAUUAUGGAGGGCACUGCUAAGUGCAUGUAAACUUCAUGGACAGGUUGAGAUGGCAGAAAGAGCUCUAAAGAAGGUGCUUGAACUUGCUCCAGGAGACGGAGGAUCUCAUGUCCUGUUGACAAAUCUUUAUGCUUCAAAUGGUAAUUGGAGUCAAGUUAUUGAUAUGAAAAGUACAAUGAGGGAGAUGAAAUUCCAGAAGAACCCGGCAAUGAGUUGGGUUGAUGUGGACAGGGAGGUUCACACUUUCAUGGCUGGAGAUUUGUCCCAUUCAAGAUCUAGAGAGAUAAAUGAAACCUUAGAGAAAUUGUUUGAGGAGGUGCAAAUAUUGGGUUAUGUUCCUGAUACAAGAUUUGUGUUACAGGAUUUGGAUGAGGAGAAGAAGAAGAGGUCAUUGUACUAUCACAGCGAAAAGCUAGCCAUUGCCUUUGCUCUAUUAAUGAGUAGUAAAAAGAAUACCAUCAUCAGGAUAUUCAAGAACCUUAAAGUUUGUGGCGACUGUCAUUCCUGGAUAAAAUUUGUCACCAGAGUUAUUGGGAGAGAUAUAAUUGCUCGGGACGCUAAAAGAUUUCAUCAUUUUAAGGAUGGGUGUUGUUCCUGUAGAGAUUAUUGGUGACUCCCAAAUGUGACAUCUGGAUAUUGAUCUAGAUAAUCUUGUCUGCUGCUUGGAGUCACCAACUGUUUAAUUGGCUGUAAUUAAUCACACUUUAUGCUGAUGUUGCGAUCUUCUGCCAAAGUAUUGGUAUUCAGGGAUCUUGUUAGGGAAGCCUGGAAGGGAUCAUGAUGGUUCCCCCCUCUUUGCUGGUGCGAGAGCCAUUGGUCAAGUUUCUGUCCCCAUUGCUGAAGGAAGUGCAGUCCGUGAUGGUCUUUAUCAUGCGCUCCACCUUAACUGUUGAAAGCUUUAUGUCAAAGGUGACUCCAAGUUAAUUAUAGACUCCAUCAACAAGAAAUGUGCUCCUCCUUGGCGUCUUCGUACUCUUGUGAAAGACAUCCUGAGUCUGGCUAGCAAUUUCGAAGCUAUUUCCUUCUCCUAUGUUCCCAGGGAAGCCAACUUCGUUGCUGAUGCUGUUACAAAUAUGGGUCACAAGUCUUCUACGCCUAUCACUUGGUCAAGAAAGCUGCCUUUCUCGACUUUGGCCGCUUUUAACUUUGAUCAGUUUAGUUCUGGUUGUAAUAGGGGUUUCUUGUUGUAAUUUUAUUUUCCUCCUCAAAAAAAAAUAAAAAAAUAAAAAAUAAAUAAAAAAAAACUUAACUACUGCUGAAGGAUGUCGACAUAA